AUGAGUCGGCCUGGUGCAUGGGGAAGAGUUGUGUCGAAUUUGUGGAAAUAUGUGAGGAAUGAUUUUUCGAAGAAGAAUUAUAUUGCUGAGGACUCGCAUGGCAAUCGAUAUUAUGAGAUAACGAAUAGUCGACAGAAUGUUGCCAGGGGAUUCGAGGCGCCGCCGAGCGGACCACGAAUCGAGCCCGGAAUCGAAUGGCAGGCGUGGCUCAGAGGCACACGAAGAUUUCCACCGUCCGACGACGAGAUCGCACUGAAUCGAAUGAAGCAACAGGCGCAAAUUGCACAAGAUGCUCAUACCGAGAAGCGGGCGCCGUUGGUGAGCUCGCAAGGCAUUGGCGCCGGCGAUCAUCACCCUCAAAAAUUCCCGAAAUAUGAGGAUUUGGAGAUUUCGCCUGGCGCGCAAGACGGACCAACCAAUAAUAAGAAAUGA